CCGAACAUUCGCCUGUUAAGUAUUUACUGCACGGUCGUUAAUCAAUAUAAUAAAAUAGUAUUUUUCAUAAUUUUUGUUUAAACAUUUUUUUGUUAAUUUUACCGCAAAAAUUAUUAUGGAUACGGAUCAUGACAAUGUGGAUGAACAAGAAGAGAUACAGAAACGAAGAAUCUUGGCGCAGAAAAAAGAGAAAAAGGUUAGUUUGGAGAUUUCACGUGUAAUUAAUUGAACUCAAAUUAAAUAUUAAAUGUGAAAUUAUAUCGUAAUAUUAGAGCAUUAGUUAUUGCUGAGUUAAAGUAAUACUUUGUAGUUUUAUCGCGAUUAAAAUAUCUUUAUACACAUUUGGGUCAUUUCAGUUGGGGUUUUAAAUUUUAAUAAAUUGAUCAAAUUCGUAGCUUAUCGGAACAUACAAAUUUACUAUUGGUUUGGUAGAUGAGAUUUUCGAUUUUGACCGUACCGAAGAAUUUAUUAAUUUUAUUAUGGUGUAUGUUUUAGAUUUUGAAUUGAGCGAAGAAGCUUAUGGAUUUAGAAAGAUGUUUUUAUUUUCUUUGGAUAUUUUUUUACCGGAAAUCUUACUCUGAUUUUUGAGUGUAGAACUUUUUCGGAAAGGAAAUUGGAAUGGAGAGGUCAUUUUUUGAUUUUUCCAAGAGUUUUCCCAAUAAAUGUUAAUAACAGGAAAAAAUACGAAAUGUUUUGUAUUAGUUGAAAAAAGUCGUCCUAGGAAAAUGGAGAUGAAUGCAGACACUGUUAUAGAUAAUUUAAUGCAUACGAUAAACCAUUGCUUACGAAAAAACGAUUCUGAGUGGAGUACAGUUGAUAGUGAUGAUUUAUCAACAAUAUAUAUGUUAUUUUAUAGUAAAAUAAUUAAAUAGGCUUUAUAUAUUUUCUUUAAUAAUAUUUGUUUAAUGUUGUAUCGAUUUUUCUAGUUUUCUCAGUUUUCCUAUUUUUUUCCCGGUUUUUCACAUUUGCUGGAAAAACUCUUGAGAAAAUUGAAAAAUGAUAAAGUAUACCUUCCCGGUCAAAUUUUUUUUCAGAAAAAUUUCUAAAAUUAAAAUUGGAGCAAAAUUGCUGGUAGAAAAGUUGUUUACAGAAAAAAAGAAGGUCGUAGCCCGUAAUACAUUUUAACUAAUUCCUACGAUCCUUAUAUUUUCCCAUUUUUCCUCCGUUUUUUUUUUUUUGGUUUUUUAAAUUUGAUGAAAAAACACCUGAGAAAAUUGAAAAAUCACCUCCCCUAUGUACCUCUUUACAGAGGGGGGUACUUUAAGAAAAGGUGCUACACUUAAACGUCGGAGUAAGUCUUCUGGUAGAAAAGUUACGCACAGAUACAAAAAAAAAAAAAAAAAAAAUAAUAAAUUUCUUUGUACAAACAUAAGCUUCUUCACUCCACUUAGAGUCUAAAAAUAUAAACUAUAUACAUAACGAUAUAAUACCAGCUAAUUUACUGCGAUUUAUAAUGAUAGCGAUUUUUCUAAAAGGAAAUCUUACUGGGGAAAUACUUUAAAGGGGUCAUUUUUUGAUUUUCUCAGGAGUUUUCCCAAUAAAUCGGAAAAACUGGGAAAAAACAAAGUAAAACCGUGAAACAGUAGGAAAAAACAGGAAAUGGUUACAAUAUUAAACAAAUAUUAUUAAAGAAAAUAUAUAUUGUCUAUUUAAUUAUUUUACCGAAAUAUGACGUACAUAUUAUUGAAAAAGCAACACAUUCAACCGAACUUCGCUUAGAAUCGUUUUUUUCAUUAGCAUUGGUUUAUCGUCGCUUAUAGAUAUACAUUAAAUUAUCUUCUGUAUCCUACCUUUCCAACUGCCCACCUUAGACAGUGGCUACACCCACGUGCGAAGUAUGUCCGUCUUUAUUUGCUUGUGUCUGUAAAUAAGUUUGCCACCGUAAAUCGAGCUUAAAUCAUUAUAUAACAAGAUUAAUUUUUUGUUUCUUUUGAGAAUACGAAAAUAUUUAAUAAUUUCGUUAUUUUCGAUUUCGGAAUAUGUUGUUUGUUAUAAAUUGGAUAAAAAAUAUUGUACAGAGCUUCACAAAGUACUUAUAUAAUAUUUUUCUAGACAUAAUGCAAUUUUCUAAUUAUUUUGUCAAUUUUUUUUAUAAACGUUUUAGGAUCAAAUUUUUAAAUUUUAAAAAUAUGUGUAACCAUACUUUGCUCAGAAUCGUUUUUAGUUAACAAUGGUUUAUGGUAGAUUACAAAUAUACAUUAAAGAACUUUAAUUUGUAUUAUGUAUAAUAUUUUUCCAACUUCCCACUAAUAACAGCUGCACAUCCGUCCCCAUUACCAGCGGUUUUUUUUUUUUUUAAUUUUCCAAUAAGACAUAAGAACCUCUAAAAUAUGCUUUUUUACUUUGUAGUCUUACAAUAGGUAUCAUUGUAAUAGUGAUCAAUCUUCGAUAAGUCACUUAUUAUCUCAAAAAGUGUUAUACAUAUUUUCGGAAUUUUUAUUGGAAGAUUUAAGAAUCAAGCCGGUCUGAAAUUUACAUCUUCGUUAUUUUUUAAAGUUGAAACCGCCACUCACUUUUGAUUUUUAAAUAUUCGCCUAGAUUAAAAAUUCCAUGAAAAGAUGAAAUUUUAGUGAAAAUACAUUUUUGUGUUGAUAUUUUUAUUCCCCAUAAAACCAUUUACGAGGUAAUCCGCUUUUUAAAUUGGUCGUUUUGUGGGUUGGAGGAGAGUAGUGGAUCACUAUUCAAAAGCCGUAAACGUUGCCCCACAACACAAUUGAUAUUCCAUUACUCUCCAAUAUUUAUAACUAGGUAAGCGCGUUUUGGGACUCGUGGUUAUACGUAAUUGGGUCGAAAAUAAAAAUUAAUAUUCCGAUAGCGUACUUUAGAUAUCAUCCGUAUUGUAACAUUGGAAUGUUAAAUUAUUUUUUCACAAUGAAAAAAAAUAAAAUAAAAUAAUUAACACACGAAAACAAUCGCGUCCGGUCGUCGGUCAUCAUCAUAUAUUAUUAUAAACCAGUGGUUACCAACGUGGGUGGUACUAUUCCCUUGUGAGCUUUUUUAAUUUUAAGAGUGUUUUUUUACAUAAGAGGGUGCUAAGCAGGAUAAUUCUACAGUGACUUUCAUUAAUAAACAAAAAAAAAAAAAAAACGUCCUAGAAUAAUGGAGAAGGGUGCAGCCACUGUUGUAGGUAAUUUAAUGUAUACCUGUAAACAACGAUAAACUAUUGCUAAUGAAAAAAAACGGUUUUGAGCAUUAUAAUUAUAACAAAUACUCGAGCACAACAUAUGAAGAAAAUAUUUAUUUUUCACUUUAGUUAAAUGGCUGUUUAUAAAAUUAAAAUGUAAUUUUUUUAAAUUUAUUUGGGAGGGGGGUAUGUGAGUUUUUGAAAAUCUAAAAGGGGCGUUGGAUAAAAAAAAGUUUGGGAAACACUGUUAUUAAUCGUAUACUAGUAUGUUGUAAUAUACGUAGCCAUCAUUAAACGGGCAAACAGUAGACUAAUAAAAGUAUAUUAAGUAAUAUAAUUCUAUAACAGAAGCUCGUGAUAAUUAUUGUUAUUUUGUUUAUUCGACAGAUAAAAAUGAUAAGAAUGCUGACGGUCGUCGCUUAUCUGGUGUCCGUGUCUACGGUGGCGGCAUCGUUGUCGGCCUAUUACGUGUUCAUUUGGAAUCCGUACGCCGGCAAUACCACGCAAACUCCCAACACUGAGGGAAUGGUGAUGGCGUUGCACCGGGUCGGCGGUGAAUACGUUUUCGCUGAUACCGUCGCCGCCAAUCGCCGGUAUUUAGGUAUAAUUAUACAACAUGACUACGACUAGUCGAUGAUAUAAAACCGAUAAAACAUUGGUAAAUUUUCCAGUGGAACUUUCCAAUUUAUAUAUUUAUGUAUUUAUCAUCCCCCUUAACAGUGGUGUAGCCGAGAAUUUUGGAAAGCCAUAAAAAAAAAAAAAGUCAUUAGCAGCAUAAUUAUUAUUUUGGGGGGUCAUUUUUUUGGGGUUACGUCCUCCUGGAUAUUAUACGGUAAUUUGUAAAUUUUAACAACUAGCAACUUGACUUUUACGAACAAGAGGGGGUUGUGAUCCUCCCUGAAGUAUGUUUCUUAGUUUUUUGCGAAUUCUGCGUAGUACGUUAUUGUAUAAUUUAUAUAUUAAUUUGAAACAUAAUAUUGUAACAUCGUGUAUAAAUAAAUAAUAAUAGCUACGGCAUGGUUUCGGUCAGUCAGGUCCAUAUUCUGGUUUUUCUCAGAUAUUCUGAAAACCGUUUGGAAAAUCAAAAAACGACCUCCCAAAAGUACCAUCUGGACAAUAUUACCUUUCAGAAAUAACGCCGCGCUUAUAUAUCUGAGCAAGAUUUAUAGUUAAAUUUUCGUUCACAGGAUAAAAAAAUAAUAAACAUCUUAAUAAAACCAAUACAUUUUUUACUGCAUUCAAAAUCUAAAAAUUUGUAUUAGUAGUCUAAUAUAGUAGGUAAUCAUAAACAUUUAUAUUAUUUUAUCUGGCUUACUCAAAAGAAUAUUUCUAUCUACGCCUCAGGUUAAUCAGUUAUUAUGUUAACCUAUCAGUUAAUAUGUUUUGGGUUAUUAUUGUAUUUUUGGAUAAUUUUAAAAUAAUUUAAUUUUAGUUGAUUUUAAUUUGUAAAUUAACAUAUCAAUAAUUAAAAAGUUUAAGAAAAGAAGAACGAAUUUUAAAUUUCAAGAAAUUUACAUUUUAAAGUUUUCCAUCCCCAUAUUUUCUUUUCGGUGUAUAUUGAACCUACAGAUUAGGUUCAUUUGAUUAUUGUUGUUUUAGCCCCUCUCAUAUUUUUACAAUAUCAUUAGAUAGUUACGCCGAUACCGAUAAUGUGUUAUGAAAAAAAAAAAAAAAUAAAUAAAAAAAUAGACUUUCCUUAACACCUCGCGGAAUCUUCAAUACUAUCAUACUUGAAUCGAUGAAUAUUUAUUGUAUUUAUAUUAAUGUAUUCAAUAUUAUAUUAUUAUUAAUAUUAACUUAGGUGCGACCUACCCAUAAUCAAUGAAGUAAAAUUAUUUUUCUGAAUAUCUAAUUCCGUGUUUAUUUAUUUUUCAUUAUAAUAUAGACAACGGGAAAUUUGUGUCUGACGUAUUGAUUACCAAUAAUAAGUACAAGAUUGACAACCAUCACGUCGAUAUUGGAGAAUCUGCUGAAAUUGAAACGGCGAACAUGGAAUCCUCGUCGUUACGUACACACAUGAAAGUCGGUAAAGAUCCAUCAUCGGCAUCGUUCACCGAAACUAACAGCAACAAUUCAUAAUAAUAAUGUAUUGACCGUGUAUUUUUAUAUACUUAUGUAAAAAAAUGUGUGUAAUCAAUAAUAGUAUUCACACAGUUAUUAAAUGAAAUAGUUAUCUAUUUGAUUAUUGCCGUUUUAAUAUAAAAU